AUGAGGUGUUAAAUUGAUUAGAAUGAAGACAUAUAUGUGCUUUUGUCUUAAUCCAAAGAUAUUGAUUAAUCAAUCUUCCAUGAACUCAAUUCGAUACCAAAAAGUGAGAACAUUUAAUUCAUACUAUAAGCACUCUUAUAAGAUCAAAAUCAAAGGCAAGUUGAGAAAGAAAUAUAGGAGGAAGAAAAUAUAAAACUAUUUGAUAUGGGUUAGAUGUUAAAUGUUGGAAUGAAUGACAUGAAGAGAAUAACAGAUGUUCUCAACAACAUUAAAGAUCAUGAUUUUAAUAGAGAAAAUUACUCUUUAGAGGAAUAUAAAGAAGUUAAAAAAGAUCUGAUCAUAAAAAUAUCCAGUGAUAAGAAGAUCAUAGAAUUUAUAAAAUUUUUAGUACUUCUUACUGCAUAUGAUGAAAACUACAUUUAGUGUGGAUCAAAUUCUCUACAUUUAUUAGUUUAAAUGAAAGUUGACUUGAAAACACAAUCUUUUAAAAAUAUUAAAAUUAGAAACACUUCUUUAAUAAGCGGUCAUUUUGUUAAGUGUGACUUAAGUGGAUCUGAAUUUAACAAUGUAAUUAUUAUGGAAUUAAUAUAAAUGGAGCCAAAUUAUUUAAUUGUAAAUGGAAGAAUAUAAAAAUAAAUGAAGCAAUAUAGUUAAAUGGUCAUGAUCGCGGUGUCAAUUCAGUUUGUUUCUCUUCUGAUGGUAAUUCAAUGGCAUCAGGUAGUGAAGAUAAUUCCAUUCGUUUGUGGAAUGUUAAAAAAGGAAAACUAAAAUAUGUAUUAUAAGGUGAUGGUAUCGUAUACUAAAUCUGCUUCUCACCUAAGGAUAGUAUUUUAGCUACCACUAGUGCUUCACUAGUGUAUUUAUGGAACCUAAGAACAGGAAAGAAAAUAUAUCAAUUAAAUGGUCAUAGUGAUUGGGUUAAUUCAGUAUGCUUUUCUCCUGAUGGUAUUAUAUUAGCAUCAGGUAGUCAUGAUAGGUUAAUCUGUUUAUGGGAUGUUAAAACUGGAUUAAAAUUAGCAAAAUUAUAUGGUCAUCGUGAUUAUGUUCGAUCAGUCUGUUUCUCUCCUGAUGGUUUUAUAUUAGCAUCUAGUGGUGAUGAUAAGUCAAUUUGCUUAUGGGAGGUUAAAACUGGAUAACAAAAAGCAAAAUUAGAUUGUCAUACUAGGGCUGUUCAAUCAGUUUGUUUCUCUCCUGAUAGUGCUACAUUAGCGUCUGGUAGUGAUGAUACAUCUAUCCGCUUAUGGGAUGUGAAGACAGAAUAGUAAAAAGCCAAAUUAGAUGGUCAUACAAGAGAAGUCAUGUCAGUUUGUUUCUCUCCUGAUGGUGUUACAUUAACAUCAGGUAGUUAUUAAGAAAUCUUUUUAUGGGAUGCUAAGACAUAGUAAUAAAUAGCCAAAUUAGAUGGUCAUACUAAUACAGUAUAUUCAGUCUGCUUCUCUCGUGAUUGUAUGACAUUAGCAUCUGGCUGUCAUGAUAACUCUAUCUGUUUAUGGGAUGUUAAAACAGGAGAGUAAAAAGCCAAAUUAGAUGGUCAUUCAAGUGCAGUUUAUUCAAUUUGUUACUCUCCUGAUGGUACUACAUUAGCAUCUGGUAGUUGGGAUAAGUCUAUCCGUUUAUGGGAUGUUAAAUCAGGAUAAUAAAAAGCCAAAUUAGAUGGUCAUUCAAGUGCAGUUUAUUCAAUUUGUUACUCUCCUGAUGGUACUACAUUAGCAUCUGGUAGUUGGGAUAAGUCUAUCAGUUUAUGGGAUGUUAAGACAGGAUAGUAAAAAACCAAAUUAGAUGGUCAUUCAUCAACAGUAAGUUCAAUCAAUUUCUCACCUGAUGGAAAUACAUUAGUAUCUGGUAGUGAUGAUAACUCUAUCCGUUUAUGGAAUGUUAAGACAGGAUAAUAAAUAGCCAAAUUAGAUGGCCAUUCAUCAACAGUAAGUUCAAUCAAUUUCUCACCUGAUGGAAAUACAUUAGUUUCUGGUAGUAUAGAUAACUCUAUUCGUCUUUGGAAUGUAAAAACAUCAAAGGAAAUACUCAAAUCAGAUGGUAGCUAUAAAAAUUUGCUUGCCUAGUUUAGCAUACCUCUUCAAUAUAGGUACUUAUUAACAAAUGGUAUUUAUUAUUAAUUAUUAUUUAGUUAAUCCUGAUCUUACAAUACUUAGAAUAUGCUAGAAUCCUAUUUUAGAAGCAUCAGGAACACUUAUCCUAUAAGGACAGUUCAUUAAUCAUUAAGGGAAGGAUUUAAAACCUUUGUUUAAUUCCAAAGGAAGUUGCUUUUUAUAGGACUUAAAGCAAGAGAAGAGAAUUUGA